UACACGCACACGCGCACGCGCAACCCGACGGAUACACUUUCGCGCAGUGUACCUACCUAUUCGAAUUUUAGGUGGCUCCCGCGAUACCGGUUUUGAGGCUGCUGCUGCACACGGAUUGCCAGCAAAUACAACUUUAAAUAAACACCUGUUCGAAAUGUAAUAAAGGAUAACGAAUUCCUUUGUUAACGGCGUGUGUCAUUUUUCACGUUGGAUACACACACUUAGCACAAAUAUUUUGCUCAAUAUUUAGAGUUUUUAGAAUAAACGAAAUAUGGCUGCCAGAAACCUCACGCCCCAGCAAGGUCUUGGGUUUUUUGGGCUUCUGAUCCUACUAUGCUCGGCGGUUUUGGGAAAGUCGCAGAUGUGCGAAGUGGAAACUGGCCAGACAAAUAUCAUAUUGGAUAUAGAAGAGAGCAGAGAGAACUUCAUCGGACAGCCGACCAAUCCGCCAGAGCUGCCGAUAUUCGGGGAUCCGGAGACGGAAAUCGCUUUGAAUUUAGUCUUCCCCAAAGGCCAGCCAACGUUUCGAUUGAAUGGCAAGAGACUGCAGCUCCUGGAGCCCCUCGAUCGUGAUGAGGAGAACCUUAGUCACAUAGUGUUUCAGGUCUCCUGCACCAUCCGAUCGACGAACAAGAAGCGAAACAUUCCCAUUAUUGUUCGGGUGUCGGACAUAAACGACAACGCGCCGCGUUUCAUGAACACGCCCUACGAGGUUACCGUUCCCGAGAGCACACCUGUGGGAACUACUAUAUUCCGGAAUAUCCAAGCUCUGGAUAAGGAUGCCGGCGUCAAUGGUUUAGUAGAGUACUUUAUCUCGCCGGGAAGUGUUAAUUCCACCGAUGAUUCAAAAUAUACCGAAGAUGGUUAUGGUACCUUUGCCAUCUCAUUUCCUCACCAGGGACAGGUUACCGUGGCCAAGACCCUAGACUUUGAGAAGAUACACACAUACUACCUAACUAUUGUGGCUUCGGAUCGAGCCAGGAAUACCGCGGAUCGUCUCUCCUCGACCACCACACUGACGGUUAAUAUAGCCGAUUCCAACGAUUUGGAUCCCUCGUUCAUCUAUAGCGGCUGUACCUUUGUGGACGGAGCCUGCAUCAAUCCGGAGUACUCGGCAUCUGUGCCAGCAGGUUCCUUGCUCGGCGUGCUCACAGUCCUGCCUGAACGCAUUCAGGCCGUGGAUUUGGACACCAUUAAUGCGCCCAUUCGCUAUAGCUUCGCCAGUGGAAUGCCAGGAAACUACGAUGACUACUUCCAGAUCGAUGAGAAUACGGGGGUGCUGAAGCAAACCAAGGCCAUAGAUACUUCCACGGCCAAGAAAUAUGACAUUAUAGUGAAGGCAGAGGAGGUUACACCCGGAAUCCAACGAUUCACCACAGCCAAGCUGGUGAUCUAUGUGAAGCCAGUGGAUGCCAAUCCCCCGGUUAUCUCAUCCUCCCAAACCGAGGGCUAUGUGGAUGAGAACUCACCCAUAGGAACCAAGGUGCUGGACUCCCAAGGAAACCCUAUAUCGUUCCGGACCACAGAUGCUGACCUGAGCGAUUCUGAUCCAAAGCCAGAUUAUAUAUACGAGCUAACGACCCCCUCGUUCAAUGUGACCAGCGAUGGCAUUUUGAUUGUGAACGAGGAUAACCUCGAUCGCGACCCGCCGGCACCGGGACGUUUCAAGUUUCAGGUGGUCGCCAGAGAGCCGCGCACCAAUGCGGCCAGUGCUCCGCUAAGUCUCACGGUCCACCUCCGAGAUGUCAACGAUAAUGCUCCCAAGCUGGCGAUGGUGCCACCCAUCUCCAUUACAGCCGGGGAUCAGAGCGAGAGUCGCCUGGUCACCCAGGUCAACGCCACCGACAACGACGAGGGCCCCAAUGCCGUGGUGACCUACUCCAUUUACCACGUCUCCAACAAUGGCAUCCAAAAGUUCACCAUUAACGACACCACAGGCGAGAUCAGAACCCAAGGACGCCUGUUGGCGGGCGAGCAAUAUAGCAUCACCGUCCAGGCCACCGACAUCGGCGGGCUCUCCUCGCAGGCCAUUGUGGAGGUGAGUGUGACUCCGGGACCGAACACAAAGCCGCCUCGCUUCCAGAAGCCCAUCUACGAGAUCCAGGUGAGCGAGGGUGCGGAGAUCAACUCCACGGUUACUGUGGUCCAUGCCGAUGAUCCCGAGAACGAUGCCGUCGUCUACUCCAUCAUAUCGGGCAACGAUCUUCGCCAGUUUGCUGUGGGUCAGGAGAGCGGCGUCAUUAUAGUAAUAAGGAAAUUGGAUCGCGAAAGUCUAACUCGUUACCAAUUGAUCCUGAAGGCGGAGGACACUGGAGGUCUCUCCAGCAGCGCCACGGUUAACAUAAAGGUCACGGAUAUUAACGACAAAAAUCCCGAGUUUGAUGCCUCCACCUUGCCGUAUGUUUUCCAAGUGGACGAGGGAACGGCACAGGCCUCCGUGGGCGUAGUGCAUGCCACCGAUGCCGACGAGGGAAUCAACGCAGAGAUUACCUACUCCAUACCGACGGAUAUACCAUUCACUAUUAAUGCCACCUCCGGGGAGAUCCUGACAUCUAAGGCGCUGGACUAUGAGAAGACAAAUGAGUACAAGUUUGUGGUGACGGCCAAGGAUGGGGCACCCGACGCCAGAUUGGGUACGGCCAGUGUGACUGUGAUGGUCCUCGACCUUCCGGACGAAGUACCCAAGUUUAGCGAUGCUCGUAUUGAUGUACACAUUCCGGAAAAUGAGGAAAACUUCCUGGUGGCCACGGUUCAAGCCUUCGACCCAGACACUAUGCCGGAAAUUACCUAUGUCCUUCGCAAGGGCAAUGCGGAACUCUUCAAGGUCUCACCCAAGUCUGGAGAGGUCAGAACAGUUAAGGGACUGGAUUAUGAAGCCCAAAAGCAGCAUGAACUCACCAUCGGAACCAUUGAGAAUGAUGGUAAUUCCCCCGGAGAUACUGUGCAGUUGGUGGUGGAAGUUGAGGAUCGCAACGAUCUGCCUCCAAGAUUUAUAACCGUUCCCGAUCCGGUGACAGUGAACGAUGACCAGAGUAUAGGAACCAUCAUUGCCACACUACCAGCUAUCGAUGGCGAUGGAACAUCACCCGGCAAUGUGGUUCGCUAUGAGAUCGUGGGUCGUGGCAAGGCGCCCAAGUACUUCCAAGUGGAUCCCGAUACAGGUGCCGUGCGCAUACGCGAUGAGCUACGCAAGGAGGAGGACACGGAGUACCAGGUGGACAUCAGAGCCUACGAUUUGGGUGAGCCACAGCUGAGUUCGGUGGCUCCACUGCGUGUAGAUGUCCAUCACCUUUUGGCCAACGGCAACGGCAACGACGUCAAGUCGGAUAAUAAGCUGGAAAGCGGAACCAUGAUGAGCAGUGAAAGCAUAGGCCUGGCUUUCAGCGACGACAGCUACACCACCAGUGUUCCCGAGUCAACAGAGGCGAACAGCACCUUGAAGCUUAUCCAAAUAGUCAACUCUAAGCAGUCGUCGGACGGACCACCGGCCUUCAAGUGCGAAUUUGUGGGCGGCAAUGAGGAGGAAAACUUUAACCUGAGUGUCGCCGAUCACGGUUGCCACUUGCAGCUCAUCAAGCCGCUGGACUUUGAGACCAAGACCUCAUACACCCUUCAGCUACGCCUCACAUCGCAUCGGUACUUUGUAAAUCCCCUAAAGGACACGGCUACCGUUGAGAUAAUCGUUCAGGAUGAGAACGAUAAUGCGCCAGAGUUCGAGUUUAAUCGGCUGCGCGGCCAGCGAGAUACUUUCUACACCAUAAUCACCGAAGACAUGGAUGUGGACACAACCAUUUUACAGGUGCGAGCCACUGACCGAGAUUCCGGCAAGUUUGGAACCGUUCGAUAUGCCCUCUACGACGAUGAUGAAAAUCGUGUUAAUGUGCCCACCAGCUACUUCAUGAUGUCCGAGGAUACUGGAGUCCUGCGCACGGCCAGGCAUUUUAAGAAUGAAAACGAUUUCCCCAUGACAUUCUUGGUGGAGGCCCGCGAUAGCGAUUCGCAACAGGAACAGGGUUCCCAUCGCACCCGGGCUAGGAUAGUGGUCAAUAAACUGGCCGAUAUCAAUCGCAUGGCUUUGUCCUUCCCGAACGCCGCUCCCAGCGAUCUGCGCAACUACUACACCGAGCUGGAGGAGCUGCUGGACAAGAAGACCGGCCUUGUCAGCGGCAUUGAGCGCAUGAGCAGUCAAAAGUACCUGGCCAAGAAUGGAUCCGUGAUUGAGAAUCCCUCUGCCACGGAUAUAUGGUUUUAUCUCAUCGAUCCCAAGACGGAGCAGCUGCUGAGCCGCAAGGAUAGCAUUGUGGAGACCACUUUGCUGGAGCCAGCUGCCCGCUCCGAGCUGAAUAUUGCUCUGCCAAGGGCCACAGCUGAAAGUAUAUCGUUUCCGCUUGAGAGAAAAGAUCAAGGUCAUACGGUCAAAGCCACUGCUGUAGAUAUUGAUAACGAAGUCUUCCCUUUCACCCUGAUUGCAAUAUCACUUGUUAUACUUAUUUUGGGCACCAUAGGCAUUAUUUAUAUAUGCAUUUCUUGGUCAAAAUACAAAAAUUUCAAGCAACGCAUGCGCCAGUACUCCUCCACGAACCCCACUCGCUACGAUCCCGUGAUUGUCAAUCCACAGGCCUCGAAUGCCAGCGAAACCAUAGCCAAUAUGAAGGAGUACGAGACCCAGAUGCUGGCCAUGGCCGUACCCCCAGACGUAGAUGAUGAUCUGCAGCUGGACUUCAGUGCCAAGAACCAUGCCUUCUCUCUGGACAAUGUCAGCUACAUAACGCACAAGGAGAACUCUAAUGGCGGUGGCGGUCAGUCCAGUCCAUCUCAUUCGGACGCCACAACGGCCACAAUUGCCACCUUACGGCGGCACAAGAACCUCAAUAAUGCCAACAAUAUGAACAACAAUUUGGCCAUAAACAACCGGCAGAACACCUUUAAUCGCACUCUCGAGAUCAACACCCGGAACAAUGCCAAUCCCCUGGGAUCUCCUGCAAACGGUGCUCUUUCUGGGACUCUGACUUUGGGCAGGAUCAAGCAUCAGAAUAGUAAUCAUUACCAGAAUGGGGUGUACAAUAUAGAUCCCACGGGGCCCAACAAUCUGGCCAAUGCCAAAAAUAACGCUUAUAGCACGAUGGGCAGGCGAGGAAAUACAUUCGGCGACGUGGGAUUGCUCAAUGGCAACGGAGAACUGAUGAAUGCUACCUUGGGUCGGAACGGUCAGCUCAACAACAGGCUUUAUGGCGGAGAAGUGCCCAUCACCAAUCCGCUGUUUCAAAGAUCCAAUUCCGAUCACAAUCACCUGAGCAGCACAAACGAGAAUGUGUCCUUUGGCAAGAGAGACUAUGGUCAAAUAGGCUUCUCGUAUCUGAACGAUUUGGAUCGCUCGGAGGUGGAAACUACAACGGAACUAUAAGGAACUAUAACGUUUAACAAUUAACAGACUUUGUUAAUAUAUUUAGCUGCCAAUUUCUUAUUUUUAAUAGUGCAUUUCAACAACGAGAGCAGUUGCCAUCAAUUUACGAUUAAGGCAUAAUGCUAUCUGUAAAUACUUGAGUAGAGAAACUGAGCGGAGGAACUGAUAACUGAUAUAUAUUUAACUGUGCUUUAAGAUCAGAUAAUUACAGUCAUUACUUUUAAGCAAAGCAGAGUGCAUAUUUUCUAUUGUCUAAGCAACAGCAAGAGCUAUGCAUUUUUCUGUAUAAAAAAUGAGAGUUGUUAAAAAUAAAUACACAUAUAAUGCAAUUUUUAAGCUGUGUAAAUUAUUAGAAGCCAUUAAAUGUAAAUAUAUAAAUAAAUAUGUAAACCAA